AAAGAAGAAAUCCAGUGGCUGUGUACAUGUUCCGUGGCUAACUGACGACCAAACCACUGCCUUACUGUCUUACUCCCUUCCUCGUCGAUGGAUGUCGUCAAGAAGGCGGCGGCGGCGGCGGAAGAGGAGGAGGUCCACGGCGUGGUCAUCGUCGGCGGCGGCCUCUGCGGCCUCGCCACCGCGCUCGCCCUCCACCGCAAAGGGAUGGGGAGCCUCGUGGUGGAGAGGUCGGAGGCGCUGCGUGUCGGCGGCGUGGCGCUCAACGUCCACGCCAACGGGUGGCGCGCCCUCGAGGAGCUCGGCCUCGCCGACGGCCUCCGGAAAACCGCCAACCUCAUCACCUCGGUUCGCAUGGUGCGGCAGAUCCAGGGCAAGAACCAGACCACCGUCUCAUCUCCCAGGAAGGAGAUCCGAUGCUUGAGAAGGAAGGACGUGAUGGAGGCACUGGCCAAGAGCGUCCCCGCGCACACGAUCCGCUACGGCUGCCGCAUCGUGGCCGUCGAUGAAGACCCCGGCACCGACUGUACCGUCCUCACCAUGGCCGACGACAGCACCAUCAAGGCCAAGGUGGUGAUUGGUUGCGACGGGUGGAACUCGGUGGUGGCCAGGUACGUGGGGCUAGGCGCGCCGUCGCAGCUCCCUCGUUUCAUCGUCCUCGGCUUCGCGAGCUACCCAGAGGGGCACCCGUUUGGGACCGAGUUCUCGCAAAUCAUAGCGGAUGAUUUUGCCGUCGGACGGGUGCCCAUUAACGAAAAUCUGUUGCAUUUCUUCGUAAGCAGGAGUCCCUCACCAGGACGUACGGACGUUGAUGAGGACGCGGCGAGGAAGUACGUGCUGGAGAAGGUCGACGAGCUCCCCGGCGAGGUCGCCGACAUGGUGCGUCGGUGCGACGCGGCGUCGAGCUGGACGCUGACGAAGGUGUGGUACCGGCCGCCGUGGCAGGUGGCGCUCGCCGGGUUCCGGCGCGGCGCGGUGACGGUCGCCGGCGACGCGAUGCACGCCAUGGGGCCCUUCAUCGGCCAGGGCGGCUCCGCGGGGCUGGAGGACGCCGUCGUGCUCGCCCGCUCGCUGUCGUCGGCGGCGGCCGGCGAUGGCCGGGCGCCGCCGCGUCAGCAGCUGCGCGACGACGCCGUCGGCGCGGCGAUAGACGAGUACGUCGCGGAGAGGCGGCGGAGGGCGACGACGCUGUGCCUGCACAGCUUCGCCAUCGGGACGUUGCUGACGACGAGGUGGCUCGCCGUGAAGCUCGCGUGCGUCGCCGUCCUGGCGCUCCUCGGCGGCGACUCGCGCCGUGAUGCGGACUACGACUGCGGCCGCCUCUAGCGGACCAUCCGUUUCGUUUAUUCGCGAAACAAGUCAAACGAUAUAUUUAUAAACUAAAAGUAAUUUGUUUUUAUA